CAUAUGUCAAGUUCACGUUCACGCUGUUGUUUCGUAUUAUACUUUAAUUUUGUUUACACGUAUCCUGUUAAUUCAUAGUUACAAUGUCUAAUUUUACUGAAACAGCUAUACAAAAUAUUGGUAAGGUUUUAAAUGAUCCAAACCGACCAAUGAAAGAAAGGUUUCGUGCAUUGUUCACUCUUCGAAAUAUAGGCGGUGAAACUGCAAUAAGUUGCAUUAGUGAGUGUUUCAAAGAUGAUUCAGUGCUGUUAAAACAUGAAUUAGCUUAUUGUUUAGGACAGAUGCAGGAUAAAACAGCGAUACCCAUUCUAAGAGGAGUUCUAGAAGAUAAAAACCAAGAUCCAAUAGUUCGGCACGAAGCAGGAGAAGCGCUCGGAGCCAUAGGUGAUCCAAACCUCAUUGAGUUAUUAGAGAGAUAUAAGAAUGAUCCGGCCAUAGAAGUGGCUGAAACCUGUCAAAUAGCAUUACAAAGGCUCAGCUGGGUGUCACAGAGCAGUGAUGAGAAUUUGAGCAGAAGUAAAUUCUUGUCUAUAGAUCCAGCGCCACCUAGCACAGAGCAGGAUGUUGAAACUUUGAAAAGUACAAUGUUGGAUGAGAAAAAAUCUUUGUUUGAGAGGUACAGAGCUAUGUUCAGUUUACGCAACUUGGGCACCACUGAAAGUAUCAACGCUUUGGGAGAAGGUUUCAAAGCAACUAGUGCUUUAUUCCGGCACGAAGUUGCCUUCAUAUUCGGUCAAAUGCAAGACGAGCGCAGCAUUCCGUUCUUGAAACAUACUCUAGAAGAUACUCAGGAACAUGAGAUGGUGAGGCAUGAAGCAGCCGAGGCUCUUGGAUCUAUCGCUACACCUGAAUGUACUGAAGUAUUACAGAGGUAUCUCAACGAUCCCAGGCCAGUAGUUCGCGAAAGCUGUGAAGUCGCGCUUGAUAUGUCAGAGUAUGAAAAUAGCCCUGAAUUCCAAUAUGCUAAUACUUUGUUGACUGUUGAGAGCUAAUUAUAAUAUAAAUGAAACAAAUAUGAGAAUUUGAUAUAGAGAAUAUUCGAGAGAGUUUUGCGGUAUACUAUUAUAUGCUUUAUUUUUCAUAUUUUGAAAUAGAUUGUAUCGAGCUAUAAGCUAUUGAGAUUGCAAUUUGAAAUUGUAUUCGUUGAUUGAAAAAUGUUUUUUAUUUAUGCUUUAUUAUUUAUUUUAUUUACAAACUAGCUAUUACCCGCGGCUUCGCACGCGUUAAAUU